AUGAGCGGCUACCUCUGGAAAUACUUCCUCGAAGAUGAUGUCGACAAUUUCCGACAUGUCCUCACAUCCACCUCGCAUACGUUCCGUGCGGGAACACAAAAAGGGUUGGCAGGCUGGCAGAGUGGAGGGCAUGCCCCGGCGGUGAACAGCAGCCCUGGCAGCUAUAACGCCUCGCCGAUGCAGAGCGCCAAAAGUCGAAGGACGAUUGGUGCUGGUGUUUCUCUAACGCGGACCGACAUCAACAGUCGCGACGCAGCGGGGAUGACCAUCUUGCAUCAUGCCGCAUCAUCGACGUCUGAGAAUGCCGUCGAAUUUGCGCAAGCUCUCCUCGAACACCCGUGGACAGAUCUGUACAUCCAGGACGCGGAAAACGGCUGGACCCCACUACAUAGAGCAUUCUACUUCGGGAAUAUUGCAGUUGCGCGAUCCAUCCUGAAUCGCGACGCACAGGACGUUCUUGGCCAGGGGUCUGGUGGCUUUAAUCAGCAUGCACGAGGUCUGGUUAGGAUUAAGGAUAACGAGGGUUAUGGUCCUCUCGAUUUGUUUGCGAUGACGAUCAAAGACCGCACUCUUCGACCGGAUGAGGCGCCUAUGACGGACUCGGACUCGGACGAUGAAAUGGCGCAUGGCGACAGUGGUGACGCAGACGACGAGAUGCGCAGGCAACUGAUCACUCCGACGGUCUUGCUUGGAGGCGACGAGGUGUAUACCUUUGGCAGCAACAAGAACGUGACACUAGGCUUCGGUGACGAAGAUGACCGCCAAUUCCCUGAGCGCAUCAUUCUGCGAAGGCCGGAUCACCUCCUCCAGAGGUUUUACAGAGAGCAUCGAGCAAGACAGAAUCAAUACUGGGCUGCGAUGGGCUUACCUCCACAAGAUUCCGGUCCAACGCUACCCAAGGUUACAGUGGAUUUGCCCACUCACAUUCGCAACAUCCCCAUCGUCAUUCAAGACGUGCAGAUGUCAAAGUUGCAUACUGCUGUUUUGACGGCAGAUCCUGUGUCGAAUCUUUACAUGUGCGGUCAUGGUCCUGGAGGUCGACUGGGAACGGGCAACGAGACUACUCGGUAUCAAUUUACCUGCAUUGAAGGCGGUGGAAUGGGCCAGAAAAAGACUGCUGCAGUUGCCCUUGGCCAAAAUCAUACACUGGCUAUCACCGACGAGGGAGAGGUUUUUUCGUGGGGGAACAACGCGUUUGGUCAGCUGGGUUACACUCUUCCGAAACCAGUAUUGAAAGAUGACGACCCUAUCUCAACGCUCCCUCGACAGAUCUUUGGGCCCUUGAAGCGCGAACUCGUGGUAGGCAUUGCGGCGUCCCGAAUCCAUUCAGUCGUACAUACUACAACGUCUCUAUACACUUUUGGCAAGAAUGAAGGCCAACUUGGCAUUGUCGAUUCAGACGCCCGGUCCCUCGAAAUGCAAAUCAUUCCCCGGAAGAUCGCAGCCUCUUUGUUCUCCUCAUCCAUCGCUUCGGUAUCAGCAAUCGACGGCGCUUCUAUAUGUCUCUUGGAGAAUCGCGAUGUCUGGGUCUUCGCAAAUUAUGGUUACUCGAAGAUCAGCUUUCCCCUGGACGGGUUCACAAGUCAUUUCCUGAAGGAAAGUUGGCUGACAACGAAGUACGACACAACGCCGAACAAAGUCAAGAAGAUUACUUCUGGUGGCGACACCAUCUGCGCGUUGACCACGUCUGGCGAAGUGUUUACUGUCACAGUCAACCGACGGUUGGAAGGGACACAAGACGUCAGUGCCUCGACGACCAACCCAAAGCAGAUUCGUGGAGCUUUGUCCGCGCCUUAUCGCAUAUGGUCCUCGAAGAAGAGUCAAAUGGCAGCAAGAGAUGUUGACGUUGAUCAGGACGGAUCGAUCAUUCUGACCACCGACGUUGGCAGUGUGUGGAGACGAACCAAACGAGUGACGAUCAAGAACGCGACCAGCACAGGCGCUUCAGAGACAAGACCAAAAGACUACAAGUUCCAGCGCGUGUCUGGUCUGACUCGCGUCAUCGCCGUUCGAGCUUCUGCAUUUGGGGCUUAUGCAGCCGUGCGCAAGGACUGCAACGUGACGAGAGACCAGAUUGGUGUAGAUGAAAUAGGUCUUUGGGACGAUCUUGCGCCACUACUUUCCUUCUACGACUUGACAAAUUAUGAAGAGACGUCCGAUGACGAAGAGCCUGUCCCCAGGUAUUGGAAUCGGUCGCCAGAUGCGCAAGCUCUCCGCAAACGUACGCUGAAAUCGAGAGACUUGGAGAAGGAAGUCGCUGAGAUUUUGCAACGAUCAUCGACAUCUUCGGAACGCACGUAUAAUGUGGAAGUUGGGACUACACUCUCUGACAUCCGCAUCCCCAUUCACGAGUUCAUUCUUGCUGGACGUACCAGAGUGUUCCGGGAUGCGAUAAUCAAUUUCCAUGCACAUGGCUCCGAGCAUAUCAUACCUGAUUUGUUGACCAUCAAGCAAGACGGCGAAAAGUUGUUGGUACUCUUCCACGGCUUGGACUUCCUUACCAUCUUCAACUUGGUUUUGUAUAUUUACACUGAUCAAGUCGUUGAUUUCUGGAACGUCACUCGGCACUACCCUACUUUGGCGUACAGAUACCGCUCUGUGCGAACUGAAUUGAUGAAGGUCGCUUCUCAACUGGAGCUGCGACAGCUUGAGCCGGCCGUGCGCCAGAUGGUCAAUCCGCGAAGGUCUCUUCACAUGGAUCUGGAACUCGCCAUCAAAGAUCGAACGUUCUUUGAAAGUGGGGACGUAAUCGUCGAUCUUGCAGACGGCGAGAUGCUUCUUCACUCGGACAUCAUCUGUCAACGCUGUCCCUUCUUUGAGGGUCUCUUCCGAGGUCGUGCCGGAGGCCAAUGGCUUUCCGGGAGACGUACGGAGGAGUCUUCGCUCGUACGAAUCGACCUGACGCAUGUGGAAACACAUCUAUUCGAACUCGUUGUUCGUCAUCUUUACGCCGACGCUGGGGAAGAGAUCUUCGAUGAUGUUACAAGUGAGGACCUCAAUGAUCUGCUUGCGUUGGAUGAACUCCUUGAUCAUGUAAUGGACGUCAUGUCCGUGGCAAACGAGCUGAUGCUUGACCGUCUUUCACAAAUUUGUCAGAGGUUGAUUGGUCGCUAUGUCAACGCCAGGAACGUGUGCUCUCUCCUCACAGCAGUUGCACCGAGCUCGGUUGCCGAGUUCAAAGAUGCAGCGCUGGAGUAUGUCUGUCUCAGCUUGGAGGCAGUGAUGCAGAAUGGAUCUCUCGACGAGCUGGAUGAGGAUCUUUUAUUGGAGCUCAAUCAGGUUGCUCGCGAUAACCAGCUUGCAUAUCUGCCCUUCGCCAGGAGUGGGCGUGCAGAAGCACUUCUAUUUGACCGAUAUCCGGAGCUCGCUGAGCGCAUUGAGCGAGGCAAGCGUGCUAAGAUUGACGCCAUCGUACUCUCCAACAAAUACGCAGAUGGUGACGGCCUGUUUGGAUCUUUCAGGGCGCAAAGCCUGGAAGAAGCGUCCACUUCGCCCCUCCGCCAACGCACGCGAAGGAGAGCAUCGAAAGAAGUCGGCAGGAUCGAGCCCAGCAGCCCAGCGCUAACACCGCAGCUCAAGAGUAGACAGUCGGUCCAAGACCUCAUGUUUGAGAUGUCUGAAGGGGAAGACGAUGAUGGUGAUGGCGGUUUAUUGAAGAAGAUCAAGCCCCCGAAAUUCAAAGAACGAUUCACGGAAUCGAAAGACGAUGAGCUCACGGCUCCGGAAUCUCCCUGGUCGUCAGUCCGUCGGCAAAGCCAGUUGUCGCCUCAUAGUCUUGGUGAGGAGGAUAACCUUCCCGUCAAGUUCACUCCUCUCCAAUCGCCCGCCGUGCAAGAGACGAGGACACUAGAUCGACCAUGGGGCGCCACACCCUUAGCGAGUGCAAAGCUGGACCUCAAAGACAUCAUGAGCCAGACCUCAAGCGACAAGCCGUCGAACCUAACUCUGGGCCUGACGCGGAGCGAGAGCGAGCAAAAAGCCGCGAGUUCCUCGCACAGCAAGAUGUCGCAAAAGGAGCGUAAGCGCCUGCAACAAGCCCAGCAGCUGGGAACGCCGAUAGAAUCCCCGCAGCCAACACCCCCCGUUGUAUCUCCCUGGCAAGCCGCCGCCGCUCAACGCAAGCCCAGCAACGCUCCCAUCGUGCAACCUUCCCCUAAACCAGCCCCAUCGCCACAACCCCAGCAACAACCACAACCCCCCCGAGCAUCAAGCACCCCCCACCUCACCAUGCGCCAAACCGUCGCGCGAAAAAGCUCCACCACCCCCCAACAAAAAGACACCCCAGCAUCGCCCCCGCGCCCCUCAGCCUCAGAACGCGGCAUGUCCGUCUCCACGACCCCAAUCCCCACCCCACGCUCAGUCCGCCACAUCCCCAAGCCCUCAACCUCACUCACAUCGCCCAGCCAGCACCUCAGCAUCAUGGAGAUCCUGUCGCUGCAGGAAGCCGAGAAGGUGUCGAUUCGCGAUGCCGCGGCGAAGAGGAGUCUGAUGGAGAUCCAGCAGGAGCAGGAGUUUCAGGCGUGGUGGGAUGAGGAGAGUCGCAGGGCGAUGAGGGAGGAGGAGGAGGUUAGGCGGGUGCAGGAGAGGUCUGGGAGGGGGAGAGGGAGAGGUGCGGGGAAGGGGAGGGCGAGGGGGAGGGGGAAGAAGGAUGGUGAGGGGAAGGGCGAGGGGAAGGAGAAGAAGGUGGAUGCGAGUCCAGCGCCGGUUGUGAAUGCGCAAAAGUCGACGGCUAAGCAGGAUGGGGGUGAUAGAGGGGGGAGAGGGAGAGGGAGGGGAGGCCGGAUAGGCAGGGGUGGUGCCAGGGGAGGUGGGGCGCGGAAAGAUGGGGCUGCGGCUGUUCAGUCGCCUACUCCUACACCUGCUCCACGGGUUUAA